CACCACCACCACCUUCACCACUGCUACUGCUGCUGUUGUAUAUCCACCACCAGUACACCUUUAUCGUCUCUUCGUCACUUUUACGUCCUACCUCUAACUCCACCACGUCCAUUAUAUCAAGUAGUCAUCCUCCUGUUUUUCACUCAAUCGAUUCUACUAUUUUCCUCUUUUGUUCCUUUUACAGUUCACCUCUUACUCUUGCUUUAUCACCUGUCGGUUCAGACCCUCUACACCUAUAAAAGGACUGCUAUCUUUCUAACUAACUAGAAACAUUAGAACUGCCAGUCGGCGGUCAGCUCUUUUUUCUCCACUGACAAGCCGCUAAAAUCAGAGAAUAUUUUUGUUGGAUACAAUGCCAGGAGCAAGACGUGGACUCGUCGCCCCGCAGAAUACCUUUUUGGAGAAUAUUAUCAGGCGGUCAAACGGACAACAUAGAGAGAAAGAGAGAGCACAAAUAUAUAGCUGCUUCUUACUCGCCAAUGCACGAAUUGUCGAUUAUCCAAUUGUAUAUUGUAACGAUGGCUUUUGCAAACUUUCUGGUUACAACCGAGCUGAAGUUAUGCAAAAGAGUAGCACAUGCAGCUUCAUGUAUGGAGAACUCACAGAUAAAAAUAUACUCGAGAAGGUUCGUGUAUCCUUUGAGAAAUUACAACAGGAACAGGUUGAAAUUCUACUGUAUAAAAAGAACAAAACACCAUUAUGGCUUCUUUUGCAUAUAGCUCCUGUUCGAAAUGAAAAGGACCAAGUAGUUCUUCUUCUUUGCACCUUCAAAGACAUAACAGCAUUGAAGCAACCGCUGGAUGAUGAAGCUGGAAAAAGUACAAAAAUGUAUCCGGGUAAAACCGUAGGUUUGAGCAAAUUUGCCCGUCUCGCCCGAUCAGUGACAAGGAAUCGUUCAACACUUCUGCAGUUUUCUUCAAACCUGCCAAACACCAAAUUCGAAGAUGGAAAUCGAACAUCACAUUUGGCUAAUAUGGUUAACCUUUACGCCGAUGUUCUGCCUCAGUACAGACAAGAAGCACCCAAAACACCACCGCAUAUUAUUCUACAUUAUUGUCUAUUCAAAGCUAUCUGGGAUUGGAUGAUUCUCAUUCUUACAUUUUAUACAGCUGUCAUGGUACCUUAUAACGCUGCCUUCAAGAACAAAACCAUGGAUCAAGUUCCUCUUUUGGUGGUUGAUAGCAUUGUCGAUGUUGUCUUCUUUCUUGAUAUCAUUUUAAACUUCCAUACAACAUUUGUGGGACCGACAGGUGAAAUUAUAUCUGACCCUAAAACUAUACGGAUGAACUACUUGAAGAGUUGGUUCAUAAUUGAUUUAUUAUCUUGUUUACCUUACGAUGUCUUCAAUGCAUUUCAGGACGUAGAGAAGAGUAUCAGCACAUUGUUUAGCGCUCUAAAAGUGGUCCGACUCCUUCGCCUCGGUCGUGUGGUCCGAAAGCUGGACCACUAUCUGGAAUAUGGCGCAGCCUUUCUGGUUCUUCUUAUCUUAGUGUUUUUACUAUUUGCCCACUGGUUUGCAUGUAUCUGGUAUUCAAUUGGCUACAGUGAAGCAAAACAGUUAAUCUCAUAUGGCUGGAUGUCGAAACUAAGUGAUGUGACGAAGAAACCAUUUUAUAUAAAUAAAACGGAACUAGGAAGUGAGGAUUUAAACGGUGGUCCGACCAAGGACAUGCGAUACAUGACUUCAUUAUACUUUACGUUAUCUUGCAUGACAAGCGUAGGAUUUGGAAAUGUGGCGGCCAAUACAGUAAACGAGAAAAUAUUUGCUACCUUUAUGAUGAUUUGUGGAGCGUUGUUAUAUGCAACAAUCUUCAGUAAUGUGACGACAAUAUUUCAACAGUUCUACGCUAAUUCAGCAAGAUAUCAUGAGAUGCUUAACAGCGUCAGGGAAUUCAUGAAAAUACAUGACAUACCCGAAAGCCUUAGUGAGAGAGUAAUGGAUUACAUAGUUUCUUCAUGGGCCAUCAGUAAGGGGAUUGAUGCGAAUAAGGUAUUGAAUUAUUGCCCAAAAGAUAUGAAAGCCGACAUCUGUGUUCAUUUGAAUCGGAAAGUCUUUUGCGAACAUCCGGCUUUCCGAUUGGCAAGCGACGGCUGUCUGCGAGCUCUAGCCAUGCAUUUCACGAUGACUCAUAGUGCACCGGGUGAUCUCAUCUAUCAUCAAGGAGAAAGUUUAGACUCAUUAUGUUUUGUGGUCACUGGAUCUCUUGAAGUUAUUCAAGACGACGAAGUGAUUGCAAUUCUUGGUAAAGGUGAUGUCUUUGGAGACAACUUUUGGAAGGAAUCAACAGUUGGACAAUCUGCUGCUAAUGUAAAAGCACUUACAUACUGUGAUCUUCAUGUUAUAAAACGAGACAACUUGUUAAGUGUUUUGAAAUUCUAUCAUUCAUUUUCUCAUUCUUUUGAGCGGAACCUGACGUUGACAUACAACCUGAGACACAGAUUGGUAUUCCGUAAGGUAGCGGAUGUAAAGAAAGAGCGUGAAUUAGCAGAGAAAAGAAAAAAUGACCCACCUUUGGAUUUAUCGAGUGAUCACCCGGUGCGAAAAUUAAUUUCUCGGUUCCGGAAAAUUAGCGAUGCUCGUGCUAUACAAACGGACGCCGAGUUGGAUGCGCAAACAAAUAACAACCAUAGUGAGGUUGAUGGGCCUGGUAGCGAAGCCCGUGUGAUUAAUGUGUCUGAGAGUCCGCCUCAAACAAGUAAUGUGCCUAAACUAGGCGGAGGAGGAGGAGGAGCUUCUAAAUGGAAUAAGUUUUUAGGGAAGGAGAAUGGUAGGUCUUCAGAUAUUGCGAGAUCAUCUGAUCAUGGGAAGCCAGAUUAUUAUAAAACGACCGGAAGUAAUGUUGAGCAUAAUAUACAGUGUGAGGAACCUAAAAUACCUGACAUUACAAGCCGAUCAUCUGUGAAGCAACUUUCGAAAUGGGGCCGAAUAAUAGCAAAGCAACAGGAUACUAUCGUCGAAGACCCUGAAGACGAAUUGAAAUCAAAUCUACAGAAGAGUGACUCCACAGAUAGUGGCAUACUCAAAAGCAAUGUAAAGCUUGAUCAAAUAUCUGAAGAGCCACCAAAUCACUUAUCAGCUAAUGUUUUGUCGACUAAAUUGGUAAGUGAGAAUGAAAAGACAGAUAGUACCGUUGCAGAAAAUACACUUGGUGCUGGAUGGAGCGUUCGUUGGAAUUCAAAUGAACGAGGUUUGUCGCUUGGACGACCAACAGAAACCAGCGCUAAAGAAAGAUUUUUUAAUAUUGGAAAUGCUGAUCAACAAGUAAUGAACUUUCUGGAAGAUAUUCGUCUUGAGCAAAAAGAAGAAUUCAAAAGCAUUAAUACUAGAAUCAGUCGGAUAGAUGAGCAAAUUGGCGAAAUUCUACGACUUUUUACUCCGUCUUCAUCUCCAUGUUCUUCAAGAUUAUCUAGUUUCCCAUGUUCAAAAUACAAUUCUCCAAACACAACUGCCACAAAUACAGAAGUUACGUCACCAAAAAAUUAUCUUUCUUCAUCUCCAAAUUGGAAUUCAUUAGAGAGUAUGCAUACAGUAAGCAAAGGUUCUUCUGUAACAGGGGAACAGUUUCUCAAUAUAGAAGUUUCUCCUAUGCAGCAUCAACCCGUAGUGCCAAUGGCUCAACCAGUGCGAGAUGAAAGUCUAGAUUCAAACACAUCAGAUAAUGCUGUCCAGGCAAAGCCAGAUACACCAACAAGCCGAAGAUCCAGCAAAUCUUCUAAUACGUCAUGGAAAAGUUUCUCGAAUGAAAAUAGUAAGAAAAAUAAAGCAAAAAAUGAGAAAGGAAAGGAGGACAAAGUAAAAGAAACAAAUUUCGGUGGAAGGAAAGUUGAAGACGAUGAAAAUAUUCCUUUCAAAGAUAAAGAUUUAGAUAUAAUGUAAAUGUUUCAGUUACAUUUGCAAACCUGUUUGAUUGUAAUCCAUAUAGGAUGAAUGAAAGCAAAAUUGUGUUGAAAUACAAAGUUAAAGAGAAACAUAACGAGCUAUUGGAAGAGAAAACAUUCCUGAUAUCAUUUGAAUAAAUGAUAUUCUAAAGUCAGGAGAAACAAAUUUUGAGAAGUAUGGUUUCAUGCAUUCCAUCUGAUAGCAUCACAAAGAAUUCCUUGGAAGUGUUCAAUUGAAGAAAGACUGAAAUACGGUUAGAAUACUAUUUACACAGAUAUAACCAAAUCUUAAAGGAACUGUAGAUGAUCGUUUGGUUAACGACGUUAUUUUAAAUAUUUUUUAUUGAAACUACUAAAAUGCAUUUUUAUUCAUCAUAAUUAUUGAAGUUUAAUCUUUGUAGGCAACGGAUUUUAAAAUUUAGGACUUUAUGCCUUACAUAUUUAUCUAUAAAUUUGAUUAAUUCAAACGAUAUAUGUAAUUGAUCAUUUGUAACCGAUUUGAUAGGAUUCUAACGAACGUACAGCUCGUGGUAUUUUUUUCAUACACAUUCCAAACAACUUUAAUACAAACUAUCUACAUAAAAUAUUUUAAAACUUUAAAAUCACAUUUAUUAAUAUUUCAACUGCAAUUUAUUGCCUUUAUUUGAAAUUCUAAACCUUCUUUUUGGUGUAACAUUGCCACUCCAACAACAAACGUGCAAUACAUCAUAACUAUCUACCAUCGACUAUUAGAUUGCUAAGGUGAUUGUUUCCUUCACUAUGUGUGAUAAUGUUGCUAACAUCAACACGUAAUGUUUGAUUCUGUGUAGUGCCUUCCUGCAGUUGCAAUCUUAUACAAAUCUCAACAAUUCUACUAUAUAUAUAUAUAUAUAUAUAUAAUGCUUAAUUAUAGACAUUCUGACCUCUUUAAUACAUUUUUUGCAAAUUUAGCCGAUAGAGGAAAUCUGAGCAGCUUAUACUACCGCUUAUAAUGAACAACAAGUAUGAACUCUUUUUAAAAAAGUAGAAUUAUGUUAUUUAAAAAUUACAUUGAAAGAUUACACAAAAAGUUUAAUCAAUCAAUUAAACUUCGACCAGGCAAGUGUCGUAGAACAAGAGGUGAAAUUUCACUGAGCUCAGCUUGUCAUAGUCACGUGACUUUGGUUCCAAACUGAAACUUCGCCUCCACCAUUUAUGACCUUAGGAAAGUUGUAAAAAUUUCAUUUCUCAUUUCCGUAAAAAUGAAGAGCCUUUGUGACAAGAAAAUAGAAAUAUAUAUUAAAUUGUAAAUAGUUUAAUUUUAUUCACUGGUAAUUAUACAAUGUAGAAACAUUUCUCCUGUAAACCAGACACCAGGUAAUUACUCCCACUCUCUCCUCGGUUCUGUGAUAUUAAUGACAUUUUAGCAGCGAUUUUUCCUGAUUUCUGAAGAUGGUUACAAUUGAAUGGUGUUGCAAUUAUAAUGAUGACAACCAUAAUUAAUACAAAUACUACUACUGCUGCUGCUCUCGGUGUUGAUGAUGAUGAUAAAGAGGAGGAGGAGGGGAGGAGGGGAGGAAGAGGAGAGAGGGAAAGAGG